AUGGCUCGCAAAGCCGCAGCAGAAUGGGUUGGCACACCUCGCAUAAGAGGUGGUAGCGAGCCUGUACGAAUGAUCCUCCUUACCUUCAGUCUGAUCGGUCUACAGUUGACAUGGGGCCUCGAACAGACAUACUGUACUCCCUACCUCCUAAGUCUAGGCAUGUCAAAAUCUACUACCAGCGCAGUGUGGAUUGCAGGGCCUCUUUCAGGUCUCCUUGUGCAGCCGAUCGUAGGUGCGAUGGCUGAUAGAUGUACGUCAAAGUAUGGGCGGCGGCGACCCUUUAUGGUCGGAGGAAGUGCAGUGACAAGUCUGUGUCUGAUAUUACUGGGCUGGACGAAAGAGCUGGUUAGCAUUUUUGUAUCAACAGAUUCACAAUACGGAAAGAAGGUGGUAAUAGUAACGGCCGUCCUCUCCAUUUACGCCCUCGACUUUGCGAUCAACGUCGUACAAGCAUGUUGUCGGAGUAUCAUUGUCGAUGUCCUCCCAACCCAGCAACAGCAGACUGGUUCAGCUUGGGCAGCACGAAUGGCUGCGUCGGGACAUGUCAUUGGCUUCAUGAUUGGCACAUUACCCUUGGUGGACAUCUUACCUACCUGGAUUGGAGGCGAUACUCAAUUCAAAAAGAUGUGUCUCGUUGCGACCUUAGGAUUAUGGUUCGCCAUAAGUACCACCUGCUAUGCCGUGCAGGAACGAGUCCUACUCCGUAGAUCGGAAGACGACUCAACCUCUGGUAUCACAGGCGUCCUCGCUAGCCUGUGGAAGCGGAUCUGGAACUUACCACCUCGCAUCCAGAUGAUAUGCUGGUGCCAGUUCUGGGGCUGGAUUGGAUGGUUUCCUUUUCUCUUCUACAGCUCAACCUGGGUUGGUGAAACCUACUACCGAUACGAACACCCCGAAAAACAAAACCAAUCACAAGGCGGUGACGCUCUGGGCAAUAUCGGAAGACUAGGCAGUCUAGCUCUGGUACUCUUCAGCGUCAUCACAUUCGCCUCCUCCGUCCUAAUGCCCUACUUCGUGCGCAAGCCCGAAGAUGACGACGAAACAGGCACCGGCAUGAACGGAGCCAGCAAAUCCUCCCGAGGACGAUUCACACCUCGCCCUCCACCAAGUCUCAGCAAAACAUGCCAAACAAUCCUCAUGCGCAUCUACGAAAAACUAUCCACUUACGACUACAAGCCCGACCUCGUCACAACAUGGGGUCUAUCCAACCUCGCAUUCGCCCUAAUCAUGGUCUGGGCACCCUUCGUCCGCAGCCUCGCCUUCGCAACUACCCUUGUCGCCCUCUGCGGUCUACCCUGGGCAGUAAGCUGCUGGGCCCCCUUUGCCGAGAUGGGCAUCGAAAUCAAUAAGCUCGCGCAUGGUGGAAAUGCGAAUGGUAGUAUCAGCGUCACUGCUGGCGCAGCCACGAACCGAGGCUACGUCCCCGUCCGACCGAGCAUGGAAAUUGACGACGAAGACGAUGAUAUCGAACUCGUCGAGACCGCUAAUCGGCACGUACGCUCAGCUAGCGUGGUUUCAUCAGGUGUUCUGCACUUAUCACAUUCUCACGACGAUGGCACGAGUUCUUCAACAGGCGAACUAGCGGGAAUAUACCUCGGCGUCCUGAACGUAUACACCACUCUCCCGCAAUUCGUGGGAACGUUCAUAAGUUGGGUUGUCUUCUCUUUACUUGAGCCGAGCAGGACUACUGUGGUGGAGGAAGGAGGAGGAGGUGGUGCAACAAGUGGAACGGAAGGUGAUGUGGCGGACGACCACAAGAAGUUCUUGAAAUUAGAGGGGGUGAAUAGUAUUGCGGUGUGUUUGUUUAUAGGUGCUGUUUGUGCGGUUGUGGCUGCGGAGGCGACGAGGAGGUUGAGGAAGAUGAGUUAG